AUGAUACCAUCUUCUCGCUCGCUUCAGGUGUCGGCCUUGUCAUUUGCCAUCCUCUCCUUUGGACAUACGAUUGGAGGAAAACAAUGGACCGCCGAGCCAACAUUCAUGCAUAUUUCAGGCAUGAAACCAUGGGCCUGUGGGAUUAUUGGUUGGUACCAGGGAAGUGCCUUUUUUCUAAUGACUAGCCUCAUCCACUAUCAAUGGUCCUGUAACCCUCACGCCCUCCAAGAUCCAACCAACAAGGCUAUCGCAAUCAUCACUAAUGCGCUGCUGUGGGCGAGUUCCGCGUGGUAUUUUCGUACGGGGAUCAAGGAGAAUGCCUGGGUGGUGGGUUUGGGGGCCACGUUGCAGGCUUGGGCGGUUGGGAGGGCUUGUCUUUGGCAACAAGGGAACGCAAAGGACUGA